CUCAGCGGUAAACUCAAGCCCAAUCUCGGCAGAUAUGACAAUCCACCUGAUUGGGAGGAUGUUAUCAAGUACUUUAGAGGAUCCGAACUUCAGAGUCAGUGAAUCCUUGCCAUAUAUCCGGAAAAGAGAUGAUAAUAGGAACUACAACUAACUUAACGACAGACUACUUCACCAAGGUUCUUGAAGAUGACUUGAAGGCUGUCGUGAAGCCUCAGUACGUGGACCAGCUUCCACGAGCUGUCAAAACCCCCAUCAAGACCGUCAAAUUUCUACUCGAGCAUAGAUCCGCGAUGGGUAAUAUGGACGAAGUCCUCGACGUCCUAGAACUCCGUCAUAUUCUGGACCGUGACGUCAAUCUCCUCUCCGGUGGAGAGUUGCAACGAUUUGCCAUCGGAACGGUUUGUGUCCAAAAGGCAGACGUAUACAUGUUUGACGAGCCCUCUUCGUACCUCGAUGUCAAGCAACGUUUGUCGGCAGCGAGAAUGAUUCGCUCUUUGCUAGGACCUGACAACUAUGUCAUUGUAGUCGAGCACGAUUUGUCAGUUCUCGACUAUCUUUCCGACUACAUUUGCGUUCUUUACGGCAAGCCUGCUGUUUAUGGUGUGGUAACUCUUCCUCACUCGGUCCGUGAAGGUAUCAAUAUUUUCCUCGACGGUCAUAUCCCAACUGAGAACUUGCGAUUCCGAGAGGAAUCUUUGACUUUCCGCAUCUCGGAAGGUACCGACGACUUCCAGGCUGAUAAGGCGCGAGCUUUCAGCUAUCCCAAGAUGCAGAAGACCAUGGGUAAUUUUAGGCUUCGCAUUGAGUCAGGUGACUUCACCGACUCGGAAAUCAUUGUCAUGAUGGGAGAAAAUGGUACCGGAAAGACGACUUUCUGUAGGCUCUUGGCUGGUGCACUAAAGCCUGACAACGAUAAGAAAGUACCAGAGAUGAGAAUUAGCAUGAAGCCCCAAACAAUCACACCUAAGUUUGAGGGCACGGUUCGUCAGCUAUUCUUCAAGAGAAUUAAGCAGGCUUUCCUUUCGCCCCAAUUCCAAACCGAUGUUGUCAAGCCUCUAAAGUUAGAUGAUUUCAUCGACCAAGAAGUCAAAAACCUGUCAGGUGGUGAAUUGCAGCGUGUGGCCAUUGUUAUGGCUCUUGGCUUACCUGCCGAUAUCUACUUGAUCGACGAGCCGUCCGCUUACCUCGACUCCGAACAACGCAUUAUCGCAGCGCGUGUCAUCAAGCGUUUCAUUAUGCACGCUAAGAAGACAGCCUUCAUCGUAGAGCACGAUUUUAUUAUGGCCACGUACCUCGCAGACCGUGUCAUAGUCUUCGACGGCCAGCCCGGUAUUGACGCCCACGCUAACAAGCCGGAGUCGCUCCUCACUGGAUGCAAUAAGUUCUUGAAGAACUUGGACGUUACUUUCCGACGAGACCCGACCAACUACAGACCCCGUAUCAACAAGCUCAAUAGUCAACUGGAUCAAGAGCAGAAGAUGGGCGGAAACUACUUCUUCCUGGAAGAGGACAGUUCUUGAAAAGGGCAUCUCACGAGGUAACGACCACGACGAUGGUCACAAAAAUUAUCAUUAUACCCCACCAGCAUCAGGCACUGGCGUUUUAGGCGUUCAAAAACGACAAUCGUCGCGCCGAGGGAGCGGAGGUGCUCAUGAAUCAUCCGGCGCUGAUUUGGAGGGCGGGGAGGACGGCGACGAUCCGGACGACUAACCGUGGCCACGACAGC